AUGUAUGUCUCUUUGGAACUUUUCCUAAAAUUUGAUAGCAUUGACAAAUCGUCACUAAUCACAAGUAGCCAAUGUCCUGUCAUGCAUUUUGCUCAAGCCUUGCCUAGUGCAGAUGGCGUCAGUGUGGAUCUGUUUGGUGCAGGCAGUGAUGUGAAUGGUUCUUAUGAAUCUUCCAUGACCCUAUGUCAAUACAAUACAGAAACAAAUACUUGGAAGCGAAUCUUGAACUCUGGGAAUGUACCUCCUGCUAGACGUAAUGCAGCCUUUGAGUUCACGAGUUCUAAUCUUACUUUUGUCUUUGGUAUUUUCAUCAUCUGUCGUGAUAGUUUAUUGAUGACAUCUAUAGGAGGAAGCUCAGAGCCAAUGACUGGAUUGACAGCAAGUUCAGCUUAUUAUCCAAAUUUCUGGCAUCAAGAUACGUUCAUGUACAAUAGUGCAACUGGUGUAUGGAUCAAUGGACCUACUUACAAUGGUCCACCUAGAGCAAAUGCUACUAUCACUCAAAUCAGUGAUACCAAUGGUCAACUGGUGAUUGUGGGUGGAGCCUUGAUUGACAAUACUUCUGCUGUAGAUAUGGUAACAAACUAUCCAUUGGCCAAUAUGUCCGAUAUUAUUGUACUAGACCCUAGAACGUCCAUUUGGACCAACAUAAAAACCAAUGGAAGCGAUAUACCAAUUGCCAGAAAACACCAUACAACCACUUUACACCCUGAUGGACAUACACUGGUUGUCAUUGGUGGCGAAUACUUUAAUGAUGCUGGCGCCUAUCUUUUAAACGAUGUCUGGACACUCGAUACUCGAAAUAUGAAUAAUUUCACUUGGACUAAACCAACUGUGCAAGGCCAAGGCCUCUAUCGUUCAAACCAUACUUCACUUCUGAUUGGAGAUCAAAUCUGGGUGAUUGCAGGUACCAAUGCGAGCUCAAAAGCAGUGGAUAUCCAACUCCUCAAUGUAACAGACUGGACAUGGUCUUAUUCAGCUGUGUCGAGAUAUGUCCCCCCUGAGCCUUUUGCUAGUGUCGGUAGUGUUAAGGGACUGAUAGGUAUUGUGAUAGGUUCUUUUGUAGGUGCUUGCUUACUUGUGGCUGGUCUUACGUUUUGGUGGUGUCGUCGACAUCGAAUUAAGCCAUGCUCAAAAAAGAAUGCACCACCCAAGAUACCCAAUCACUAUGAAUCCACAUCUCAGGAUAUCAUGACCACUGGAAAUUCCAAGGCGUAUUUACCCCGUACUUCCCUCUCUACCACUGUCUCCAAUGCAGAAUGGAACGCUCAUUCAACAAUGCAACAGGCAAAGGGUCACUAUAUGCCUCAAUUCAAUACGGCUGCUGUACCUAUCGGUUCUUCCACUUUACCUGCUACAGAGGGAUAUCAAAACGAAAACUACUAUAGUCUGUACAACAGUAAUCCAGGUAUCGAUCAUUCUGAUAUCGAGCAUCAUCCUCGACAAUCGAUGGGCUAUUGGGAAUCAUCUCCACCCUUUUUAUCUCAUCAACAAACGCAUUUAAUGGAGUCACCUCAUAGUAACUAUUUUCUGAUGCCUUUAGGGGCUGAAAAGACACCAUUGAAGCCUAUGUUUGGCCCACAACGUCUUCAAAAACCUAACGAAUUGGAUCAAUUGAUUGAUGAGACUGUCUGUUCGUCAUCCACAUUGGAUGAAGAUCCUUCUCAUGCUGUCAAAUCGACUGAUUCUGUAGUUGCUAACGAGGAAAAGAACAAAUAA